CCGCUCGGCGGCUCCCCUCCCCUGCCCGGCUCUCCGCGCCCAUCCCGGGCGCCGGGCCGGCGGGGCCGUCGGCGUGCGGCCCUCGGUGCGUCCGCGCGUGUGCCCAAGCGAGCCUCCGCGUCCGCCACCCGCGGCCCUGCGCGCGCCCCGCGACAUCGAGGCCGAGCGGGGGCAGGGGGCUGCCCGCCAUGACCCCCCAGAGUCCGGCGUGAGGGGGCCGAGGGGUCACAUCCCCCUCGCUGCUGCUGGCCACCAUGUCGACCUCAUCGCUACGGCGCCAGAUGAAGAACAUCGUCCACAACUACUCAGAGGCUGAGAUCAAGGUCCGAGAAGCCACAAGCAAUGACCCCUGGGGCCCGUCCAGCUCCCUCAUGUCGGAGAUCGCCGACCUCACGUACAAUGUUGUCGCCUUCUCGGAGAUCAUGAGCAUGAUCUGGAAGCGGCUCAAUGACCACGGCAAGAACUGGCGACAUGUCUACAAGGCCAUGACACUGAUGGAGUACCUCAUCAAGACUGGCUCAGAGCGUGUGUCACAGCAGUGCAAGGAGAACAUGUAUGCUGUGCAGACACUGAAGGACUUCCAGUAUGUGGACCGUGACGGCAAGGACCAGGGUGUGAAUGUGCGCGAGAAGGCCAAACAGCUGGUGGCCCUGCUGCGUGAUGAGGACCGGCUGCGGGAGGAGCGCGCCCACGCGCUCAAGACGAAGGAGAAGCUGGCGCAGACUGCCACGGCCUCCUCGGCAGCCGUGGGCUCGGGGCCCCCACCCGAGGCGGAGCAGGCGUGGCCACAGAGCAGCGGGGAGGAGGAGCUGCAGCUGCAGCUGGCCCUGGCCAUGAGCAAGGAGGAGGCUGACCAGCCCCCGUCCUGCGGCCCUGAGGAUGACGUCCAGCUCCAGCUGGCCCUUAGUUUGAGCCGUGAGGAACACGAUAAGGAAGAGCGGAUCCGCCGCGGGGACGACCUGAGGCUGCAGAUGGCCAUAGAAGAGAGCAAGAGGGAGACAGGGGGCCAGGAGGAGUCGUCCCUCAUGGAUCUCGCUGACGUCUUCACGGCCCCAGCUCCUCCGCCAGCCUCAGACCCCUGGGGGGGCCCAGGGCCCAUGGCGGCUGCUGUCCCCACGGCUGCCCCCACCUCAGACCCUUGGGGGGGACCUCCUGUCCCUCCGGCUGCUGAUCCCUGGGGUGGCCCUGCUCCCACACCGGCCUCGGGGGACCCCUGGAGGCCUGCUGCCCCCUCAGGGCCCCCGGUUGACCCUUGGGGUGGGACCCAGGCCCCUGCAGCUGGAGAGGGGCCCACGCCCGACCCGUGGGGGAGCUCAGACGGUGGGGCCCCAGUUGGCGGACCCUCGGCUUCUGACCCCUGGGCCCCGGCCCCGGCCUUCUCGGACCCCUGGGGGGGGUCACCUGCCAAGCCCAGCACCAAUGGCACCGCAGCAGUCUCGGGGUUUGACGCGGAGCCUGAUGAGUUCUCUGACUUUGACCGACUGCGCACGGCCCUGCCGCCCUCUGGCAGCAGCACGGGGGAGCUGGAGCUGCUUGCUGGAGAGGUACCCGCCCACAGCCCUGGGGCAUUUGACAUGAGUGGGGUCGGGGGCUCUCUGGCUGAGGCUGUGGGGAGCCCCCCACCUGCAGCCGCCCCAACGCCCACGCCGCCCACUCGGAAGACACCGGAGUCAUUCCUGGGGCCCAACGCAGCGCUCGUUGACCUGGACUCCCUGGUGAGCCGGCCGGGCCCCACGCCGCCAGGAGCCAAGUCCUCCAACCCCUUCCUGCCGAGUGGAGCCCCAGCCACCGGCCCCUCCAUCACCAACCCCUUCCAGCCCGCGCCCCCUGCGACGCUCACCCUGAACCAGCUCCGCCUCAGCCCUGUGCCCCCAGUCCCUGGAGCGCCACCGACAUACAUCUCUCCCCUUGGCGGGGGCCCCGGGCUGCCCCCCAUGAUGCCCCCAGGCCCCCCAGCCACCAACACUAAUCCCUUCCUCCUAUAAUCCAGGGCGGGAGGGGGACUCGGCCUGGCCCAGCCUCCCCCUGUCUGCUCCCUGGGAGACCAGUGUUGUGAGUGCAUGUGAAGCGGGGGACCCUGCCCCCACCCCAGCGCCCUUCCCCUCCUGGGGCCCACUCACACUACACCCUCUUCCUACGUUCCCCUGCCCCACUUCCCGGGGGAGAAACUGGACAAGGGGGAUGGGGAGAGGUGCUGGACGGAGGAGGACCCCUUCCCAUGGCAUUAGAAAGGGGAGGACAGCUGGGGGCCCCUGCUCUUUCUCCCUCCCUUCAGCUCCUGAUGGGCCCCUCAAUCAGUGUUUGAGCCUCCUCCCCCUCACAUACCCCUCGGUGAAUCCUUGGUGAUGAUUUUGGCAACUUUGGGAAUAAAUGGCAAUUCUCACGGG